AGGUCAUACUAGGAAAAAAGAAAAAUGGUAAACAAAAGCUGACUUUCUUAUCAGAGUGGAACUUCUAAUUAUUCGGACCUUUGCAUCUUUCUUUUGGACAGAAUUUCAAAAAAUUGUGGAAAAAUGCCAAACUGUACGUAUUUUAAUACGUAUGUGAUACAUAGAUGCUAAUUUUGAGUCUUUGCUAUCUCAGUAAUCCUUACAUGGUAAACAGCGCGGGUGUGCCGAAGUUUAAACAACGCAUGCGCUACUUUGUCUGUGUUACUCGUGCUUCACUGUUUAUGAAAGUAAUAAAUUUAGGUAAAUAAUAAUUUUUUAAAUUGCAAGAACGCUCUUAAGCACAUAAAAAAGGAAAUAUUUACAAUUCAACAAGUGAUGUCUUUCCGAAUAGUACGGAGCAGUAAAUUUCGCCAUAUAUUUGGACAACCCUUGAAGCGUGAGCAAUGUUAUGACAAUAUUCGAAUUACCUCCAACUCCUGGGAUUCUAGUUUUUGUGCUGUAAAUCCAAAGUUUUUAGCAAUAGUCAUAGAAGCUGCUGGUGGUGGUGCCUUUAUGGUUCUUCCUCUACACAAAACUGGAAGAAUUGAGCCAAAUUAUCCUUUAGUAUCAGGACACAGAGGACCUGUUUUAGAUAUAGCUUGGUGUCCCUUUAAUGACAAUAUUAUAGCAAGUGGUUCUGAAGACUGCAUUGUUAGAGUUUGGAAUAUUCCAGAUGCAGGAUUAGUGCGACCUUCAACGGAACCGCUUGUUGAACUAAUUGCUCAUCAAAGAAGAGUUGGACUGGUUACAUGGCACCCAGUUGCCAAUAAUGUACUCUUGAGUGCUGGUGCUGAUUUAAAAAUUUAUAUCUGGAAUGUUGGCACUGCUGAGAUUUUGUUCUCUAUAAAUCACCCAGAUCUUAUUUGGCAUGUAUGCUGGAACUGGGACGGAACUCGAUUGGUCACCACCUGUAAAGACAAGAAGAUAAGAAUUUUUGAUCCUAGGAGUGGCGAUAUGGAACAGGAAGCAAUGGGUCACGAAGGAGCAAAGCCACAAAAAGCCAUAUUUUUAAAAAAUGGACUUCUUUUCACUACAGGUUUUUCUCGAAUGAGUGAACGGCAGUAUGCUUUAAGGAGUGAAGUUGCGAUUGCUGAACCUUUUGUUCUCGAGGAGUUGGACACUAGCAAUGGAAUAUUGAGUCCCUUUUAUGACCCAGAUGUCAAUUUAUUAUAUCUCUGUGCAAAGGGUGAUAGCAAUAUUCGAUACUUUGAAAUAACAGAUGAGCCUCCUUUUGUGCAUUAUAUCAAUACCUAUCAGUCUUCAGAUCCUCAGAGAGGUGCAGGUUAUAUGCCAAAAAGAGGGUGUGAUAUUCACCAGUGUGAAAUAGCAAGGUUCUACAAAUUGCAUGCAAAGGGCUUCUGUGAAGUGAUAACAUUUACUGUACCUAGAAAGUCUGAAUUAUUUCAAGAUGACUUGUAUCCUGAUACGCAAGCAGAUACGCCCGCUAUAUCUGCUGAAGAAUGGGCCGGUGGAAAAGAUGCUGAACCUGUCCUUAUGAGCUUAAAAGAUGGGUACAAGCCUAGAGUUCAAGAGUUUAAAUUGACAAAGAGCAAGUCAAAUAUUUUAGAUAGAAUGCCUGCAAAAUCUCGUGAAAAGUCUGAAACAGUGCCAAAAGAAAAACUGGAUGAAAUCAUGGAAGAAAUACGGAAGUUGAAAAGCACCAUACUUAAGCAAGAAGUAAGAAUCAGAGAUUUAGAAAAGAAAAUGGAAGAAUCUAAAUUCAGUGUACCUGAAUCGCUGCCGGAAGAAAGCAGCAAACAAAAUCAAGUGAACAACAAUCAUCAUGAAUCAGCAGAAAUACUAGCUGAUGAAGUGUAGCCUAUUCAAUGCAUGGAAAAUUUUAGUGCUUCAUGAAUAACAGCACCUGUUAUUUUAAAAAUGUAUUUCUGAUACAGCAGUAAAACUAAAAUUUUUAUACUUUUCCAACUAAAGUAGCUGUUUGCAUUGAGUGCAAAACACUAUUAGGAAGGUUGCUGCGUUGGAAAGUUUUCUGUUAGAGCUCUCUUUUGUUAGAAGGCUUUGUGAUAAAAAUGGACAUAUUCAUGAUUAGUUUAGCUUAAAUUUUGACUGAUAUGUUUUUUAUUGAUCAGCUUCAACAGUAUCUGCCAUUUUUUACUGUUUAUUUUUGUGUAGAAAUACUUUCUAGCAUAAGAUAAUGACUUGUGAAUUUUUCUCUUCAUCUUGAAUGGGAGGCUAUUUGCCUAAACAAAGCCCCAUUUUUUUCAGUGAGAUGAAAGUACAUUGAUUUAUUUUAAAUUUAUUCAACUAACUCGUUUUGGAAUAUAGAAUACUCAUACUAAAUUUGGCUAGAUACGAAGUAAUAUUUUAAAUUACUAAUAAUACAGUAAAUUGAUAGUACUUACAUUUAUUGAAUAAAUUUGCUUUGUAGCAUAGAAUAAUCAUACAAAACUGGCUAGAUCAAAUAAUUUUGCCAGUUAGUAAUAAUAUGCUGAUAUGCAAAUUUAUUUAAUACUAAUUUGCUUUAAAACAUAUAAUACUCAUACUUAAUCUCUCUAGAUAUCAAUUAAUUUUUUUAAUUCAUAAUUAAAAAAUUAAUUGAUACAUGAAUUUAUUGAAUAAACAUGCUUUGGAGUAAAGAAUACUCAUCUAGAUAUCAAAUAACUUUGUAAGUUAGUUAAAAUUCUGUGUGAGGUAAUUUUAAUAACAUGUCUUUUAAACAAUUUUCACAACACAAGGUAUGUAAACAAAAAAAAUUUACGUAUCAACAUUUUAUGCUAGGAAGUAUUUUUUAUUGCCAUACAUCACGAUUGGGGAUACAACUAAUGACACUUCAUACAUUUCUUUACUAAGUGUGGCAAUAUUUUUGUGAAAACAUUUACAAAUAAUUUAAAAAAAAUUUAAUUGCAAUUAUUAAUUAAAAUGUACAAUUUUAUUUAAAAUGUUGUUUAAAAUAAUAGCUUAUUAAACAUCUUAACUGGGGGGAAAUCAUAAGAAAAAGCCAUAUAUUUGAUGACAGAUAAAGGCACAACAUUUAAUGAAGCCUUUAUGAAUAUGAUGCUCAAUUUUAUGGACAUUUCAUAGAAAGUUAUUGUGAAUUCAUGUGAUUUCUUCUCUUUUGCUGAAUCUAUUUUUGAUUGCUUUAAAUUUUGUGAUUUCUGUAAAUAUGUAUCAGAAAUAUGGGAUAAUGUCAGUUGUAAAUAUAACCCUAGUGUGUAUGGUUAUGUGUGUAGAAAAAAGUAAUUGCUUGUGUUUUUUAGAUAUGUAUUUCAAAUGUAACUUAAAUUAUUUAGUAAGCAUAACAGUGUGGUUGAUAUGUACAGGAACACUAUUUUAAAGUGCCAAUGUGUGCAUUUUUGUAGCACUAAAUGUUUAAAUUAUACAUUAAUUGUGCCUUUUAAAUGCCUAGUAUUAUUUUUAUCCUAUACAGGAGAUUAAGAUAACUGCACAUUUUAUGGUGUAUUACCUGAAUUUUGUAUGGGUAUAAAAUCCUAAUUUGAGCAUAAUUAUUAGAAAUAAUGUGUAAUAAAAUCAUUUGCAACAGAACAGCGUAAUUUAAAAAACAAUUAAGCAAAAUUUUUAAAUGAAAUUUUAGUUUUAGAAAUGUUUAAUAAUUUCCCCCCCAAAAUUGAUAGAACUAGUGAAUUUUUAUUUUUUGAAAGUUUUUAUGACUUAUGGAACUUCAAAUCAUUUAAAAGAAAAUUUUAUUGAGCUUUCACUUGGAAUAGAAAUUUUUUCGGAAUUUACUGUUUUUUUAGAAAUUCAAAUGAGAUAUAUAUCUUUUAAGAUUCUAAUACAUCAAUAUCAAUUUAUUUUUUCAAUUUUUGGAUUUCUUAGUUUUUUUUAACUUGUUAACCAUUGUUAAGAUUCAAUUUAAUUUAGGUCACUUUUAUAUUACAAGAAAUUCAUUCUCUACAGUUUUUAAUUUUAAAUCAAAAAAUCAUUAUAAAAGCAGCCAUGUUUUAAUUCAGGUAAACAAAAUAAAAAAAUAAGCAUGUUACUUAGAAAUAAUUUCUUAAAUGACAAUAGCACCAACUUUAUACUAACGAUUGGUGAAAUUAAUUUUGCGAUGCAAAAAUAUAUUUGUUGAUUACAAAAAUACUUUAGUAGAAUUCUUAAAAUAAUCAAAAAAUUAACUCUUCUUUAUAAUAAAAAUUCUAAUAAUUUAAAAUAUUAUAAAUGAAAAAUCUGCUCAUUUUUCAUUUUAAUUAAGUAUACAUUAUUUUAAUGUCUCAAUAAGAGCUUCCAAAAAUUUUGCUACUCAGUAAUUUAUAAUAACAUAUUUUUGUCCAUAGUUAGCAUUCUUCCUUAUUUUCUAACUAAUAAUUUUUUCAUUAUUCUUUCAAAUGUCUUUGAAAAAUAAGUUUUAAAUACCACUUUAAUGAGGUUAAUUUUAUACUCUAAUUUGCAUAUCAGGUGUUCGUUACUUAAUUUAAUCAUUAGCUUCUCUCUAUAAGAUACUGUUUUUGUAACAAAAUAACGAGCUUAGUGAAGAAGCUAAGACAUAUUUCAUAAUAGCAUUUUCUCUGAUUGUGCCUGUACCAUUUUCAAGAUCUUCCAAUGUGAAGUAUAUUUUUUAUAUAUGAAGCUCAAUCUGCACUUUUAUAUUUUAUUAUUUGUACCACUGACUUACUAAAGUUGCCUUUUCUAUAUUUAUAACUUUCAGAGAUCUCUAUAUUGAUUUUGCUUUGGAUUGUUCAUCGAAAAUUACAUGUACAAUAGAGUCAAAUUAAAUUGUUAUCAAUUUUACAAAGAAAUUUCUUUAAAGUGGAAUCUCGUAUUUGAAUACUGCUUUUUUAACUUUUUGUAUUUACAAUUUGUAGAAUUUUUUAAUAAAGUAGUAAAUAGCCUCAA